AUGAAGAUUGACUUCACCUUUGGCCGCAAGGACAUCAGCGCCCUCGUCUGGGGGAAGCCAGACCCACCAGAUCUAUUGGAUCAACCCGGAUCUAGGGCCAAGGACGCGCUGUCUUGGUACUGGUCAAAGCAUAUACCUACUGCUGCUAUGAUGUGA